AUGUCGGAUAUCCUCUCCAUUAUAGGGCUCACCCUCCUGGUGGCCUUUCUGACAUCCGUGGUAUUCUUCGUCCAGCGAAGGAAACUGGAUCCCCGUGAACCACCUUUGGCCUCCAGCGCAAUCCCGCUCGUCGGCCAUCUGGCGUCAUUUCUGUACUAUGGCCUCGAGUAUUUUGCCAUUGCGAGGUGUGUUACUCGCACCAUUCCUUCAUUGGAUGGAGUCGAAAUGCUGACUGCGAAACUGGUUUCGGCGGUGCGACGGAGCCGCAACGCAAUGUCAUUUGGCCCGCUGUUCGCAAAUGUUGCCGAGAAUGGAGGAGGUAUUAAUGGUCGCGGAAUGCAGCUUCUCCGGGACAAAGAAUAUGGAGGCCAGGGCGUGGGACAGCAAACCGCAGACUCCAUGCACCCGGCUCUCUUGGGCAGUGGACUGGACCAAAUGAAUGGGAAAAUGAUCGCUGUCCUCAAGACAAUCAUUGAUGAGCUAGCAUCGCAACCAGACAAUGUAGUGGACCUGUAUGAGUGGUGCUCGCAUGCCGUUACGGUCGCCAGUACCGAUGCCGUUUAUGGCCCAUUGAAUCCUUACCGGUCAGAAAGCAACCGUCGCGCAUUUUGGGCUAUUGAAUCGAACCUAAGUCUGCUAAUGAUGAACGUUGUCCCGUGGAUCACCGCACGGAAACCGUGGAAAGGCAGAGAGCAACUAACCCAAGCCUUCAUCCAAUACUAUCAAGCGGAUGGACAUCUGGAUUCCUCGCAGUUGGCGUAUACUCGAUGGAAGGUUCAGCACGAGGCAGGGGCAGCUAUUGAGGAUAUUGCGCGUUUAGAGGCACUCACAGCGCUGGGCAUUCUCUCCAAUACCGUCCCGACCUGCUUCUAUUUCUUGUUUGAUAUUUUCUCUCGCCCUGAUCUCCUUGGUAAAAUUCGGGAUGAGAUCCUGGACGGUGCCUUCUCGGUGGACUCGGCGGGCGUCCAUACCCUGGACCUGGCUGAUAUCCGUGAGAGGUGUCCGAUCUUCGUCUCAACGUUUCAAGAGACCCUCCGUACCCGGUCAAAUUCUGGGCAGCUGCGUGUUGUACAGAAGGAUACAUUACUUGACGAUCACCUGCUCGUAAAGGCCGGUUCCAUUAUCCUGAUGCCCGCAGCAGUUAUUAACAAGCAUCCUUCCGUCUGGGGCGCGGACGCUGGUACGUAUGACCCAGAGCGGUUUAGCAAGAUCGAUCCCGCGCAAAAGCGAUCCAAGGCGUCUGGAUUCAUGUCUUUUGGUUCAUCCCCGCAUAUCUGCCCUGGACGCCAUUUCGCAUCUGGCGAGAUCCUAGCGCUGGUUGCAAUGAUCCUGGUGCGAUUUGACGUUCGUCCCGUUCGGGGCACAUGGGUCGAACCUAAGGGAAACACGAAGGCAGUUGCCGCAUCGCUGCCUCCCGCGGUGGAGAAGGUCGAGGUGAAAUUCUCCGAGACGUCCAAGUUCGCCGGCGUGAAAUGGGAAUUUCGCCUGACGCCCGGAAAGGGAACCUUUGGUCUGAUCACUGGAUAA